AUGUCGACUUUCGACGCACUCUGCGGGCGCUGUCGAAGAACAGUCGGCGCCAAUACGCACAACUGGAUUGACCACCAUACCCAGAUAAGCCUGAAGAUCUCAGCAGCAAAGGGCUGCCAGAUCUGUCGCUUGCUGUUCCACACGUUCUGCAAGCAAUCGCCGAGAGACGUCGGCAGGUGCGAAAAACUGCGCAUUGCCAGGCUUCACAGCGACUCGGUGUCUGUCAAAGGCUUCAAUGAUGCUAUCCAGAGAUUCGAGGUCGUUGGGCCAGGUCACGACUUUCGGCGAGUCCAAACGCGCCCAGAUGCAGAAGAGACGUACAGCUUGAUCUCCAAUUGGCUCGCUGACUGUGUUGCAAAACACGAUGCUUGCCAAAAGCCAAAAGACCUCAUCGUCCCAAGGAGACUGAUCGAGGUUACGGACAAAUUACGUCUUACCUACUGGAACUCACUUCCACCUGGGGAGACGUACGCAGCUCUGAGCCAUUGCUGGGGCAGCUCCCCAGGGCUGAUAACCACGGUUGGUAACCUUAGGCUGUUCGAGAUACACAUUGAUCCUCCCAGUCUACCUCGGACAUUUCGAGACGCAAUUGAAGUCACGCGCAAACUCAACAUUAAACAUCUUUGGAUCGAUGCACUAUGCAUCAUUCAAGAUAGCCAAGAAGACUGGCGAGCAGAAGCUGCAAAGAUGGGCCACUACUACAGGAACGCGCACCUGACCAUAUCUGCGCUAGACGCGCCUGACGGUUCAACAGGCUUCCUUGCUACCAAGAGAGCGUUUCCAACAGCACGGAUCGACGACAAGGAGUCGUGGCGACAGUCAGGACUGUCUUGGAAGGACACAUUCCGCCAGUCACCUCUGAGUCGAAGAGGGUGGGUACUCCAAGAGAGGCUCUUGUCUCGACGGGUGUUGCACUAUGCGAGAGAUGAGGUUCUCUGGGAAUGCAUGACAUGUUCUGCACGGGAAAGAACUGCAUCCUUUUCAGACAAAGACACCGGUAAGCGCAUUGCGAGAAAGCACUACCUAGGUGAUGCUGCUUCCGUCCAAAUCAAGCAGUGGUACGAUAUUGUCUGUCAAUACUCCGGGCUCGACCUGACGGUUGAUACCGACGUCUUCGCGGCCAUUGGUGGUAUAGCAAGGACUUUUCGCAAUGCCACGGGCAUGAAAUACGCUGCAGGACUUUGGUGGGAACACCUGCCAUACGGUUUCCUCUGGUAUUGCGAAAGCACGAAACUACGUGACGGACCCUCUGUAGCUCCUAGCUGGUCCUGGGCAUCCAGGAGGGGACCCGUGAGGAUGCUGUGUCAGCCACCAGCAUGGGUCCUGGACGCUACGUGUAAACGUCCGCUCCAAUCGUCUGUACAAGAUGCUCAAAACUACAUUGCAAGCAUAGUUGGUUUUCGGCUUGAGUUCACCGAUGAUGCUGUGGACCGGGGACGAGACAUUAGGUUAAGGAUCGAAGCGUAUCACGCCAGAGUCUUCUGUCGAAGUAGCUGUGAUACACGACCACCAUUCGACGACCCAGAUCUGCGACGCAUCAUCUCUAUCUACGAGGAGUUUGGAUGCCGUAUUGGAACGGGUUAUCUGGAUCACAUACCAAGUGAAGAUUUCAAAGAGUGCAUAGCAAUCGUGCUGAUGCAACAACCUGAGCCAACUUGGGACUCUGGGCAGGACACAAAUGUAACAUACCUUAUGUUGGUCGAGAAGACCGAAAACGAGCAGGAUGAGGAAACAUACGUACGAAUCGGAAUCGGACGUACUGUCGACCUCCUGGAAGGUUGUGUCUUUGAGGACAAAUGGUUGCGAGCCACGCAGCAACGUACCUUUCUCCUCAAAUGA